CUUUUCCGACACAGCAAACACAGCGUCAAGAACAGGAUGCCGGAGCCAGCGAAGGGCGACGUGCUCGGGAGUGAGCUGUCCGAUGCCGAGUACAGGAAGAUCUCAUCUCGUCCGCACAUGAAGUUCAACGACAUGACGUCCGAAGUGUGCACGGAAACGAUCGAGAUCAUCACAAUGGCCGUGGACAAGCACGUGCCACUCAAGAACUAUGAAGCAGCUGCCCAACUCAUCAAGCAAAGCAUGGAUAAAAAGUUCGGGUCGUUUUGGCACUGCUUCAUUGGCGAGGGGUACGGAUUCGACAUCAGCUACCAGCAGCGGCACAUGUUGUACAUGUACGUUGGCGAGAUUGGGAUCUUGGUCUACAAGUGCUAAGAUGCAAGGCGCACGUGCGCUAGCAAGUAAAGCCCUUCAUGUAAAUAACUACCUUUCGUCGAUUCCGGCGCCAAUGGUGAA